GGUUUUGCCUCAUUUGAAGAACAUUUUGUCACUGGAGGCCAGAGUUUCCCUCUGGCUGUGACACAGGAAUAAUGAAGCAUGUAUUUUAUCUCCUGCUGUUACUCUUCCCUGCUGAAAUAAGAGGAUUUGAUGUGUUCAUAGAGGAGUACCCAGAUUCUGCUGAUCUUGUUGACCUCAUUCCAGAAUUUGAAUCUACACUUGGUGAAAGAAUAAAGAGAAGUCUCAUAUUUGAUGGAGAUGCAGAGGUUCCCUCUCAAGAUUCAAUCUCUCUGUACAGUUACAAAGUGGAAUCCACCAUUACAUCACAUUUCGUCAAUACCAUGAUACAGAGCAAAGUGGUGAACAAUGCUCCACAUUCACAGAGCCUCUCAUUUGAUAUCCAGAUACCCAAAGGGGCACUAAUCAAUAACUUCACAAUGAAUGUCAAUGGCAUCACAUUUAGUGGCUCAAUCAGAGAAAAGUCAGAGGCUAGGAGCUUGUACUCAAAGGCCAGAGCAAGAGGCAAGUCGGCAGGAUUACUGAGGACAAAUUCUCUAGAUAUGGAAAACUUCAAGGCUGAAUUGAAUGUGCCUGCAGGAACCAAGGUGCAGUUUGAAAUUCAUUACCAAGAAGCACUUCAGAGGAGAUUAGGUGUCUAUGAGCAUGUUCUGUAUCUUCAGCCGGGCAGAUUGGCCAAACAUUUUGAGGUGGAUAUCUACAUCUUAGAGCCAGAAGGCAUCAGUUCCGUCAAUGUGGUAAAACCAGUAUCAGAACAAUUUGCUAAUCUCAUAACUGUUGACAAGCAAGAUAAGAAGGCUCAUAUAUCCUUCAGGCCUACUGUGGAUCAGCAGAAAAAGUGCCCUACCUGCCUUACAACAGCAGUGGAUGGAAGACUUAGUGUGAAAUAUGAUGUUAACAGAGAUAAAUCCAGUCAGCUGCAGGUGUUCAAUGGAUACUUUCUCCAUUUCUUUGCUCCAGAAAAUCAGCCUCCACUUCCAAAGAAUAUUUUAUUUGUUAUUGAUGUCAGCGGUUCCAUGUGGGGCAUUAAAAUGAGACAGACUGUUGAAGCUAUGAAAGCUAUUUUGGACGACCUUCGAUCUGAUGACCAAUUUGGUAUAGUUGACUUCAACCACAACAUUCGAUGCUGGAAAGAUGAGCUAGUUUAUGCAUCUCCUAUUGAAAAAGAAAGUGCCAAGACAUAUGUCCAGAAUAUACAGGCUAUUGGAGGUACCAACAUCAAUGAGGCACUUCUUAGAGCCAUUUUUAUACUGAAAGAAGCCAGCCAACAGAAUAUGUUGGAACCAAACUCAAUUUCUUUGAUUGUACUGGUGUCGGAUGGAGAUCCUACAGUGGGUGAAUUAAAAUUGACUAAAAUUCUUAAGAAUGUUAAAGCAAAUAACCGCGAUGAGUUCUCCCUGCACUCGCUUGGCAUUGGGUUUGAUGUAGACUACGAUUUCUUAGAGAGACUUGCUCAGGAGAAUCAUGGUCUGGCACAGAGGAUAUUUGGGAACCAGAAUACAGCUGCUCAACUCAAGGAAUUCUAUAAGAAGGUUUCCACCCCGCUUCUCAAAGACAUUGUGUUUGAAUAUCCAACAAGUGGUGUUACAGAUGUGACGAACAGCCGCUUCCACCACUUUUUCGGAGGUGGUGAAAUCGUUGUUGCUGGUAAAGUUGACCCUGAAAAGACAACUAACGUCCAGAGCUUCAUCACUGCGACAUCUGCUGAGGAUGUAGAGUUCUUAGUAGAUACAAUCAGUGAAGUGGAAGCACUGAAUGAGUUCUUUGCACAAAGUAAACAUGCGUUUCCUGAUUUUGCCAAGCAAUACUGGGCCCAGCUGACUAUUAACCAACUAUUAGCGGAGAGGAACUUGGCUACUACAGCUGCAGCCAAAAGGAACCUUACAUCCAGGAUUUUGCAGCUGUCCAUCACUCAUCAUCUUGUGACCCCCUUUACAUCAUUGCUGAUAGAGAGUGAGGAUGGAAAAGAAAAAAUGCUGGCAGACUCACCAAAUGCCAUCAAAGGAGCUUGCUGUCAAUCAUUGGCUGUGGCUACCCAAGUUCCACCAACAGCAAAGCCUACAUGUAAGCCUGAUGCAAUUCCGACUGCACUGGAGCUCAAAGGAGAAACUACAGUAAUACCAAAGCCGCCUUGCCACCCACCCUGCAUAGUUGACAACGAUCCACACUUCAUUAUAAAUUUACCAAUCAGCCAAACAGACGUCUGCUUCAAUAUUGAUGCACAAUCUGGAAAGAUCUUGAACGUGCUGUCGGAUCCUGACUCAGGUAUUGUGAUCAAUGGGAAGAUUGUUACAGCCAAAAAAGCCAAGGAUGGCAAGCUAAGCAGCUACUUUGGCACAUUUGGCAUGUACUUUAAGUACCUGGAUAUAAAGAUUGAAAUAAGCACUGAGAAAAUAACAUUGAAAGAUGCAUCUUACAGUAGAGUAAUGUCCUGGUCUGAGUCCAGCACCUUGACCUACAAGAGGCUUGCUGUAUCAGUGAAAAAGGAGAGCAACAUCUCCAUCACUGUGGAUAAUGAUAUGACAUUCCUGAUUAUUCUACAUCGUGUCUGGAAAAAUCACCCCGUCAAUGUAGACUUCCUUGGAUUAUACUUUCCUUCUAACGCCAUAUUUUCUGGUGCAACACAUGGCUUAAUAGGUCAGUUUAUGAAAGAGCCAGAAGUAAGUGUCUAUGACGUACGGCCUGGAACUGAUCCUCAGAAACCUAUAGCUACAAUGAAUGUAAAAGGACAUAAGCUGAUGGUUACGAGAGGGGUGCAGAAAGAUUACCACUUAAACACUGUGCGAGGAACUAAUGUAACCUGCUGGUUUGUACACAACAAUGGAAAAGGUUUCAUCGAUGGACAUUAUAAAGACUAUUUAGUACCUCAGCUCUACAGCAUUCUAAAACACCCUUGAAGAAUGUUACAGAGAUGUAUGUUCUAAUUAGAUAAAUGUGUCAGAAAUUGUGCUAAUAACAUAAAUAUAUAAUAAAAAUAUUAACUUUUUGCAGUUUAGUCAAAUUGUUAUUUUAUCUAUUAUGGUUAGACAAAUAUCAAUGUCAUGAAGAGCAACCACGCAGAAAACAGGGCAUAAUUUAUUAAUGGAUUAGGUAUUCAGAAAGGUAGCUUUCAUAUUUGAAAUGGCAAAAAGCAUUACAUAGAAGAUCUACAUUCAUAAGGUCUACAGUCAUUAGGUUGACUCCAUAUGGUCAACAGACACAAGGACAAAAGACUUCAUGGACAAAAAAGUAGACAUGGGCAAAAAGUCAACAUAUGAAAGAUCAAUAAUAAAAAAGGUUUACAGGGACAAAAGAUCAACAGUGCACUGGUCCACACAAAAAUGGUUGACGCACUUUGUAUUUUUGGGGUUAGUGUGGAUAGUUUUUUCAUUGGAGACCACCAUUUGUAGAAACGUGUCCGUGCACAAUGCUUCAGCCAUAGUAUAUCACUCUGCUUCACUUGCCACAAGGUUACUAAAGGUAAGGAUUUGUGACAUGGAUAGUCAAGGAAGGAAAAAGUCCAAAAACAACCAAAAAAUAUGCGUCGACCAUAUGAACCUGUCGAUCUAUUCCAGUGUUGACCUUUCAUGUCGACCUUUUUGUCCAUGUCAACAUUUUCACUGUCGACUAUAUGGGGUCGACCUAAUAUAUGUCGACCUAUAGUCCGAAUCCAUUCCAACAUGUGUGAUAAGCUGUACAUACACUGUGCAUGUGUCUACUGAGUUCUUUCAAAUUAUAUGAGUAAGAAAUGUAUGUUAACCUUAUAAAAUAAACUAUUGUGAACCUUAA